AUGACGACACACAUCAUUGAAGAUGUCGUGAAGCGACUGAGCACUCCGGAAACGGAGCCAAAACUCAAGGUUGAAGCCGCCAUCACCCUGCGCGACAGCCUGGACCACUACACUACCGGUCCUACAUACCCAUUGUUCUUGAAGAAGCUAAUGCCCAUCUUCAUCAACAUCCUACGAGGCGCUCCCAUCUUCCACAGUACCUCCAAUGAGCAGAAACUCCGGAACUGUGUCCUCGAGAUCCUUCAUCGGCUACCUACAGCGCCAUCGCCCCCCGAACCUUUCGAGCCAUAUGCCGAGGAGAUUGCGGAUCUGUUGAUGGGCCUUGUGAGGACCGACAAUGAAGAUAAUGCAACAUUAUGCGUCAAGAUAGUGUCCGAUAUCAUGCGCCAUCAGCACAAGGUUCUGAAUGGGAAGGUUUAUAGGCAGACAGUGCCCCAAAAUGUCAAGCUCUUUGUGCCUCUGAUCAAGGGAGUGCUGUGUCUCCAGGCGAAAGCUCAGGAGCAGGCCCACUUGGACGCCGCAGCUAAGGGAACAGUUUUCACCGGUGUCAGCCCAGCUAUCAAGAACAGAGCAGCAUUUGGCGAGUUCAUCACAGCGCAAGUGAAGACAAUGAGCUUCCUGGCAUACUUGCUGCGACAAUAUUCCCAGCAGUUGACUGAUUUCUUGCCGACGUUGCCCGAAAUUGUUGUGCGCCUCCUUAAGGAUUGUCCUCGAGAGAAGUCCAGUGCGCGGAAAGAACUCCUCGUUGCGAUUCGUCAUAUCAUCAACUUCAACUUCAGGAAAAUUUUCCUCCCUAAAAUCGAGGAGCUUCUUGAUGAGAGGACUCUGAUUGGCGACGGUCUGACGGUCUACGAGAAUAUGAGACCCCUGGCCUACAGCAUGCUUGCCGAUCUGAUUCAUCAUGUGCGCGAUUCUCUUCAGCCAACCCAGAUUCGUAGGACUGUCGAGGUCUACACAAAGAAUCUGCAGGAUAACUUUCCGGGUACAAGCUUCCAGACUAUGAGCGCAAAGCUCUUGUUGAAUCUAGCGGAGUGCAUUGCCAAGAUGGAGAACAAGGCUGAUGCGCGGCAUUACCUCAUCAUGAUUCUGAACGCCAUUAGCGAUAAGUUCGCAGCAAUGAAUCGGCAGUAUGACAAUGCUGUCAAAUUGUCUAAGCUCAACAGUCAACAUGCUGCGGAUCAGGUCCCAGAGACCUACCUUGCAGACAAGGAUCACCCACCCGACUGGGAUGAGAUUGAUAUAUUCAACGCUAUGCCUAUAAAGAUAUCCAAUCCACGAGAUCGGGGCGCUGAUCCGGUCGUGGAUAACAAGUUUCUCUUCAAGAACUUGAUGAACGGACUUAAGAACUUGUUUUAUCAGUUGAAGAGCUGCAACCCUCCGCAAACAGUAGACCCGGCGAAUGCCCCGGCGCAUUGGCAGGAUGUGUCGUACGGCUUUUCGGCCGAGGAAGCACAGGUCAUCAUCAAACUUUUCCGAGAGGGUGCUUAUGUCUUCCGAUACUAUGAGAUCGAGAAGCCUGCCUCUGAAUCGCAGUAUCAAUCUCCUGUGGAAUAUAUGGCCAAUUUCUACAUGGUGUCCAGCAGCAAGGAGGAAAAGGAUCUACUGGAGACGUUUGCUACAGUCUUUCACUGUAUUGAUCCGGCUACAUUCCACGAAGUCUUUCAGCAAGAGAUUCCUCGCCUGUACGAGAUGAUUUUCGAGCAUACCGCACUCCUACACAUACCCCAAUUCUUCCUUGCAAGCGAAGCGACAUCUCCAAGCUUCUGUGGUAUGUUGCUGCGGUUCCUCAUGGAAAGAAUCGAAGAUGUUGGCAGCGCAGACGUGAAAAAGUCCUCAAUCCUCCUACGGCUUUUCAAACUUGCCUUCAUGGCGGUGACGCUGUUCGCCAGCCAAAAUGAGCAAGUCCUCCUCCCACACGUGGUGGAAAUUGUCACGAAGUCUAUCGAAUUAUCCACCAAGGCAGAAGAGCCGAUGAACUAUUUCCUGCUCCUGCGAUCUCUCUUCAGAAGUAUUGGCGGUGGCAAGUUUGAACACCUCUACAAGCAGAUUCUUCCUCUAUUGGAAAUGCUCCUAGACGUUUUGAAUAAUCUGCUAUUGGCUGCUCGGAAGCCUAUGGAACGAGACCUCUACGUUGAACUCUGUUUGACUGUGCCCGCAAGGCUGAGCAAUCUUUUGCCUCACCUGAGUUUCCUGAUGCGACCAUUAGUCGUUGCUCUGAGGGCAGGCACCGACCUUGUUGGUCAGGGCCUGCGAACCCUUGAGUUGUGCGUUGACAAUUUAACGGCUGACUACUUGGAUCCUAUUAUGUCUCCAGUCAUUGACGAACUGAUGACUGCGCUAUUCGACCACCUAAAGCCACACCCGUACAGUCAUUUCCAUGCCCACACCACAAUGAGAAUCUUGGGCAAGUUAGGUGGCCGAAAUAGAAAGUUUAUGACAGACGCGCUGCCAGUCGACUUCAAGCAAUACGUGGAUGACCCGUCGAGCUUUGAUGUCAGACUUAUCGGCUCAAAGAAGGACAGGGCAUUUCCAGCAGACUUGGGCAUUCAGUUAGCAAUCAAUAAGCUAACAGAAAUUCCAAGGCCGUCAAAGAUCAACGGUUCAAAGCAAUCUGAAGCCUUCUAUAAGACCCAGGCUUUCCAGUUCAUCAAGGCACAGCUCAAGCUCCGUAUUGGAUUUGAUAGUCUACCUGAUGAUUUGCCACGGCUGGUCCGCCUCCAAGCUCAGGAUUUCCUGUCACGCAAAUUUGAUGCAGAUUUUUCAACCUUUGAGACCUCGGAUCGUGAGCGGUCGAUUGCCAAGAAGGAGGAACAAGAUAAUGUACUCAAGCGCUUGAUCAAGGCAAUGAUGUUUGCGGAAUCGUUGCCAGAGUUCAAGGAGGAAGCAAACACAUUCUUGAUGAACUUGUGUCGGCAUUUCGCCAUUAUUGAGCUUGGUCGAGCACUGGUAGACCUCAAACGGGUACAUACUCCCUUUGAUGUCACGGCUGGUGAUGGACCCCUCUCCAUCGACACGCGCGUGCUGUGUGAUGCGAUUCUCGAAUCCCUCGCGUCUGAUCACCCUGAUGUCAGAGAUGCGGCUCAGCGUGCAAUUCAAGAGGUUUUCGACUCCGUAUCAACAAUCUUUGGGUCAUCCAGCCUUCCGGGGCGUUUAUCGUUCUUUGUGCACCUGGGCCAAGUCUUCUGCCAUGGCUGCUAUGAAGAAGAAUGGUUCACGAAAGCUGGUGGUGCACUUGGCAUCCGCAUAUUGCUCACAGAUGUUGAUCUUGGUGACAGCUGGGUCUUCUCGAAGCAAAUGGACUGUAUCCGAGCGCUCCUGUUUGUCAUCAAAGACAUGCCUCAAGAUCUUCCGGAGAAGACCAGAAGCUCAGCUCAGGAUACUUUGGAGACCUUGUUGAAGCGAAUCACUAAGAAUAUCAAGAAAGAAGACAUUAUGCCGCCUCAGCCACAACAAGGCCAGCCACAGCAGAAACAAUCCCGACUGCCUCAAAUAUGCAUGGUUUUGACAGAUCAACUUUCUCACAUGAAUCGUCAUGUGCGAGAGACGGCUAAGCGGGCUCUGCAAAUCAUUGCAAAGGCGUCGGGCAUGGAGAUAUGGGAGCUACUAGAGCCCUAUAAGGAGCGCCUCACCACACCAAUCUACAACAAGCCUCUUCGUGCGCUGCCUUUUCCCAUCCAGAUUGGAUACAUUGACGCAGUCACUUAUUUCAUGUCUCUAAAGUCCGAUUUCAUUCCUUUUGACGAACAUCUGAAUCGCCUCCUGAUGGAGUCACUUGCCCUAGCUGAUGCGAGCGAUGAAUCUCUCGCCAGUAAAGCUGCUGAGUUCCGAACGCAUGACUACAUUGUCAACCUCAGGGUAGCAUGUAUCAAGAUUCUAAGUACGGCAAUGGGCUUUGAAGAAUUCAUGAAGGGUCAACCUAAUCAGCCUAAUCCUACGAGGACUAAGAUUGUGUCUGUCUUCUUCAAAUGUCUCUACUCGGAUUCUGAGCCUACCAUUGAGGCAGCCAACGAUGCCCUGAAGGCAGUCCUGUCUCAUCAGACCAAGCUACCCAAAGACCUACUCCAAUCUGGCCUACGACCGGUUCUGGCAAGCUUGCAAGAUCCUAAGAGACUAAGUGUCCAUGGGCUGAACAAUCUUGCUCGACUUCUCCGUUUGCUCACUACGUAUUUCAAAGUGGAGAUCGGUGCGCGCUUGCUAGACCACAUCAAAGUGUUGGCAGAGCCAAAUACUCUGCAACAGCUGUCAUUCACCUUCUUCGAGCAACACAACACCAUGAAGGUCAUUGCUGCGGUGUUCAACAUUUUCCACCUUCUGCCGCCAGCAGCGGAGCAGUUCAAGGAGAGGGUCAUCGAUACUGUCCUGGAUUUGGAAGAGAAGCUUCGUAGAACUCAUCACAGUCCUUUCCGGGCCCCUCUAUACAAAUACUUGAAUCGUUAUCCUAAGGAGAUAUGGACAUUGCUUCUCAGCAAAAUCGGCGAGAUCAAGUAUGGUCGUUUCUUGGCCCAAGUGCUUCGACAUCCCGAAAGCAAAGCUCUUCGAGAGCAUGCUGCGGGCAACAUUGAGGAGCUGGUCAAGGUGUGCGGCGAAGUUCCAAGCGAAGACAAGGCACGAAAAUGUGUGGCAGUGAUUGAUUCUAUCAAUAUCAUCGACGCGUUGUGUCAAUGGCCAGGUACUACAGCAUGGAUGGAGAAGAAGCCCAAUCUCGACUGGGUCAAGCAAUCUGGCCGAGAUCUCGAACGCCAGCUACGUACCAAUGAAACUCCUGAGGACCUACGUCUAGCAGCAGAUCAGGCAGCUGAGCAGGUCAUGUCAAUAUUAACAAAGGCACUGGAACAGAAUCCCAAGGAUCUCGACUCUCUUUUUGCCUUGGUCGAAUCUGUCACGUCAGAGGAUUUCCGUGCAACUCAGCGGCUCUACUCUUAUCUCUAUCAAACCAUCAUCAACAAUGAGUCAGUUGACUUUUGGAAGACUCUCGUCCUGCGGUGUCUUGAGAUCUACGCCGGUAAGACGGCAAGUCAAAAAACAAAAUACUUCUUGCUUCACAAUAUUGUCAAUCCCAUCGUUGCGACCGAUGUAAUGCGGCAUUGGGACCUGCCAGAGUCACGGCCACAACGAUUGAUGGACAGGACUGUCAUAGAAUCUAUCAAUAACAAGAUCUGGAAAGUCAACCUAGCUGAUCCACAGGAUGAUCUUGCACAACCUGGCAUUGACCACACACGUAUGGAAGUACUACAAUUGUCUGCCAUGCUGGUCAAAUACCAUCACACUAUUCUGCAAGAGGCGAGGAAGGAUAUCAUCAAGUUUGGUUGGACUUAUAUCAGACUUGACGAUGUUAUCAACAAGCAUGCUGCGUAUGUUGUGCUUUGUUACUUCAUCGCACGAUAUGACACUCCAGCAAAGAUUGUCACCCAGGUGUAUUUCUCGCUGUUGAAAACCAAUCAAACGGAAGGCCGAGCACUCGUUUCCCAAGCUUUGGAAUUGAUGGCUCCUGUUCUACCGAAGAGAUGCGGCACAGUUCAACCAAAUGACCGCAAUGCCGUCUGGGCGGUUGCUCCUAGACGAAUACUCGCUGAAGAGGGUCAAAAUGUGCAACAGAUGACAAGCAUAUUCCAGUUCCUGGUGAAGCACCCGGACUUGUUCUAUGAGUCUCGGGACAAGUUCGCCAUGCUGAUCAUCACGUCGCUUCGCAAGGUAGCGGCGCCGCCGAAUCCUUCCAAUGAAAGCAGGAAACUGGCGUUGAACAUGAUGUGGUUGAUCUGGCAAUGGGAAGAGCGCCGUGUAACCGGCAAGGAAGUCUCGCCUAUCCGAGCUUUAUCUGAGUCGCCAAACGCCAAGAAGCGCAGACUAGAUGAGCAGAACUCGUCUUCGCCAGCUGCGAAAUCAGUCGCCCCCACAGAAAGAGCCGAGUUCCUGAUACCACCAAUAGGCCGACAAAAGAUGGUUAAGUACCUCGUCGAGUUCAUUGCUCAGCUAAACGAGCGCUAUCGAUUGCCUUCAACGAAGACUCGAGACCCUAUGGCAAACAUGGGAUUACCGCCUCAGACAAAUGAGUUGUGCCGCAAAGCAAUGACACUUCUGUACAACCUCCUUCAGCCGCAGUACUGGGGCGAUCUGGAUGUCGACCUCUUCCCCAAUGUGACAGACGUGGUUCUGGCCAGUGACAAGACAACCGCUAUUCUCGCCGUGGACCCUACCACAGAUAAGGAGAAGGUCGACGAGAAAUUCAUCACCAAUAUCAUCAACACCCUCCAAGUUGUUCGCAUUAUACUGCACUUCAAGACGGAUGAUUGGAUCUUGAGAAAUAUGGCACAUAUUCAGAAAAUUCUGGAAAAGUGUCUGAAAUCUGAAAAUCCGGAGCUGCAAGAUUGCCUGCACAUGUCUGAUCCGGAAUACGAUGAUGGCCGAGAGUUGAAAUCUAGCAUCCAGAGAAUAUUGGAUGCGGUGCCGCCUCCUUCAGAGGACGUCAACAUGGAAGAUCCGGAUGCUGAAGGAGAGCCCGAAGCUCAAACAUCGGAAAUUAUUACUUUCCUCUCCAAUAUCGCAACGGAGACCAUGGCUGCGUCUAACUAUGUGUCUGGCAUCAACGUCCUGUGGUCACUUGGAAACCGUCGGCCAGCGGCCAUUGAUCCUCAUAUUCCCGCGAUCAUGAAGUCUCUUCAAUCCAAGCUGGCUCGAGACCACGUUUCGCAUUACACUGCUGUCAGCCAUCAGGGAGCCAUGGCUAGACCACAGGAGCCGAAUGCACCAGUUGAAAUGAAUGCUUAUGACUUGGAGAUCCAAACAGGUCUGAUGCUGAAGGCGAUUGAUGUCACUGCCAAGCGAAUGGAGAUCCUGGGCGAUAAUCGCCGACCAUUCCUGAGUGUACUCGCCACUCUUGUCGAGAAGUCCCUCCAUAUCCCUCUCUGCGAGAAGAUACUGGACAUGGUUGAGGGCUGGGUGUUCCGAUCGGAAGGCACUUGGCCAACGCUCAAGGAGAAGACGGCUGUGCUUCACAAGAUGUUGUCCUUUGAGCACAGAGCUGAUCCAACCAUGCUCACAAAGUUUUUGGAUCUGGUCAUCCGCAUUUACGAAGACCCCAAGAUAACAAGAACUGAGCUCACCGUCCGUAUGGAACACGCGUUUUUGAUAGGCACACGCGCCCAAGAUGUUGAGAUGCGCAAUCGAUUCAUGGCCAUCUUCGACAAGAGUCUUUCAAAGACUGCGAGUGCUCGCUUGUCAUAUGUGCUUACUGCGCAGAAUUGGGACACAUUAGCGGAUUCUUUCUGGCUAGCUCAAGCUUCACAGCUUCUCCUGGGCGCUGUGGAGUCGAGCCCAGCUAUUCAGCUUCAUCAAGAAGAUUUCCGAACAUUGCCUGCUUCUCAGCUGUUUGGCACAUAUGCCAAGGAUACCAGAGAGCCCACCAUCAUGGCAGACGACAAGUACGAUGCGUUCAUGGCGAAUCACCGUCGUUUCGUUGCAGAGCUAGGCGAUGUCAAAGUCAAAGACAUGAUUGAACCCUUGACCCAGCUCCAGCAUAUUGAUCCUAAUCUGGGCCAUGAAUUAUGGGUGGCUUUGUUCCCCAUGUACUGGGCCGCUACUGCCAGGGAGGAGCGAACAGAUCUUGAGCGUGGCAUCGUCAUGCUACUUACAAAGGACUACCAUACCAGACAGAUCGACAAGCGACCAAACGUGAUCCAGUCCCUGUUGGCAGGUGCUGCCAAGGCAUGGCCCGAGUGCAAGAUCCCGCCCCAUGUUCUCAAGUACGAAGCCAAGACGUUUGACGCAUGGUACACUGCUCUCGUUCAACUUGAAAACGCCGCGAUUCGUCCCGAGAUUGACUCUGCUAAUGUCAGAGAGAGUAACCUGGACGCCUUAGUCGAGCUGUACUCCGCAUUACAGGAAGAAGAUCUGUUCUAUGGUACAUGGCGUCGCCGGUGCCAAUUUGUGGAGACCAAUGCAGCCCUAUCUUAUGAGCAGAAUGGAAUGUGGGAUAAAGCCCAGAAGAUGUACGAAGCGGCUCAGAUCAAGGCUCGAACAGGCGUGAUUCCCUUCUCACAAGGAGAGUACAUGCUUUGGGAAGAUCAUUGGGUGAUUUGUGCCCAGAAACUUCAGCAAUGGGAGAUUUUGCAAGACUUUGCCAAACACGAGAACUUCCAAGAUUUGCUACUUGAGUGCGCCUGGCGGAAUACAGAGAUGUGGCAGACUCAAGAGCACCGUGAAGCUCUGGAUAAUCUCAUCAAGGGUGUGAUGGACGCGCCAACACCACGUCGUGCUUUCUUCCAAGCAUUCAUGUCACUACUCAAGUUGCAUAACAAGCAGGAGACGACUCAAGACUUCCAAAGGGUAUGCGACGAGGCUAUACAGUUGUCGAUCCGUAAGUGGCAUCAACUUCCGAGAAGCCUCACGAAUGCACAUAUCCCCCUGCUACAGAACUUCCAGCAACUUGUGGAGUUGCAUGACGCCAGUAUCAUCUGCUCGAGCUUGGCGGUCACCAACCAGACCAAUCUGGAUGUCAAGUCUGGAGAACUGAAGCUACUGCUUGGUGCUUGGAGAGAUCGCCUUCCGAAUGUGUGGGAUGAUAUCACAGCAUGGCAAGAUCUUGUCACCUGGCGACAGCACAUCUUUGGCCUCAUCAACAAUACCUACCUCCAGCUGCUUCCGCAGCAAGGCCAGAAUACAAGUGGCGCAUCGUUUGCCUACCGCGGCUACCAUGAGACGGCUUGGAUCAUCAACCGCUUCGCUCAUGUGGCCAGGAAGCACAGCUUACCAGAUGUUUGCAUCAGCCAAUUGAGUAGAAUCUACACUCUGCCCAACAUCGAGAUCCAAGAGGCGUUCCUCAAGCUCCGAGAGCAGGCCAAAUGCCAUUAUCAGAACCCUGAAGAGCUGACCAGUGGCUUGGAUGUCAUUAACAACACCAACUUGAAUUACUUCAGCGCGACUCAAAAGGCCGAGUUCUACACACUAAAGGGCAUGUUCUUGGAGAAGCUCAAGCAAAAGGAUGAGGCAGAUCAAGCCUACGGAACCGCACUUUACUUCGAUAUCACCGCAGCGAAAGCCUGGGCUGAAUGGGGCUACUUCAACGACCGAAAGUUCAAGGAAGACCCAUCAGAUCUCAAUUCCGCAAGACAAGCCCUCACAUCCUAUCUUCAGGCUGCUGGAAGCUAUAAGAAUGCCAAGUCUCGCAAGCUAAUUGCGAGAAUCUUGUGGCUUCUAAGCAUGGACGAUGCAAAUGGAACCAUUGCAGCCGGGUUCGAUGACUUCAAGGGAGAUACGCCAACCUGGUACUGGAUCACUUUCAUACCGCAAUUGUUGACCGGUCUCGGCCAUAAGGAGGCGCCGCGGGUCCACACGAUUCUCCUCAAGAUCGCGAAAUCCUACCCGCAGGCUCUGUACUUCCAGCUCCGAACCAAUCGUGAGGACAUGCUUGUGAUCAAGAAGAAUCAGGAAGCCAAGGAGAAAGCUCGGCAGAGAGCCCAGUCUGCCGCUGCUAGCAAACCUAGCAGCUCCCCACAGCAGCAGAGACAAGAAACCCCUGCAGCGGCCAAGGCCGAGGGCGGUUCUAGCUCUCGGCCAGCGACAGCCAAUGGUGAAACUCCAGCACCUGUUAAGACAGAAGGUGGAGAGACCAAGGAAGGCACCGCUACUCCAGGGCCGCCAGCAACCAACGGUAACGUCCAGCCCAAAGAGGAGCAGGCGGGAGCGGGACAGAAGAAGCCUCCAUGGGAGCUUACAGAGGAAAUCAUGUCUGUUCUCAAGACAGCAUUCCCGCUCCUGGCACUAUCGAUGGAAACUACAGUCGACCAGAUCCAGAAGCACUUCAAAUGCCCACCAGACGAGGAUGCAUAUCGACUCAUUGUUGCUCUUCUCAAUGACGGACUUGCUUACGUUAGCCGCAUGCCGACUUCAUAUGCCAAAGAUGUCAAGUUGCCAACUCCCACAGAGACUAACAUCACUCGUUUUGCCGAGACUAUUCUGCCAGCCCAUAUUCGCAAGACAUUCGAAGCAGAUUUUGUCGAGGUGAAGCCGACAAUGUAUGAGUACAUUCACAAGCUUCGUAGGUGGCGAGACAAGUUCGAAGAGAAGCUGGACCGCAGGAACCCGCGUGCUUCACUCGAGACGUUUAGUCCUCACCUCAGUGAAUUCCGUUACCAGAAAUUCGAUGAGGUCGAAGUGCCAGGGCAAUACCUCCAGCAUAAGGACAAGAACCAGGACUUUAUUAGGAUUGAUCGCUUCAUUCCCACUGUUGACCUUGUGCGGACUAUCGGUGUCUCCCACCGACGCUUGAAGAUUCGUGGUCAUGAUGGUAGCAUCCAUCCAUUUGCUGUCCAGCACCCUGCUGCACGCCACUGUCGCAGAGAAGAGAGAAUUCUCCAACUUUUCAGGCAACUCAACCAGAGAUUGAGCCGGAAGAAAGAGAGUCGUCGCCGUGAUCUGCAAUUCACCCUGCCUUUGAUGGUUCCUCUUGCUCCACAUAUUCGCAUUGUCCAAGAGGAUACAUCAUACAUCACACUCCAGGGCAUUUAUGAAGAUCACUGCAGGCGGAAUGCCAUGUCCAAGGAUGAGCCAGUCUUGUUUACGAUGGACAAGCUCCGGGGCCUCCAGGAUAGCAAGGGGCCAAAGCAUGGCGAACAGAGCGCAACUGCACGGCUAGAGGUCCUCAACGCAAUUCAAGAGAAAUGGGUCCCGCAUACCGUCGCUCUCGAGUACUUCCAGACAGCGUUCCCAGAUUAUGCGGACUUCUGGCUUUUCAGACGCCGUUUCUCAUACCAGCUGGCGGCCCUCACAUUCAUGACUUACAUCCUCUACAUUGACAAACGGUACCCGCACAAGAUCAACAUCGCACGAAGUACCGGAAACAUCUGGGGAUCUGAACUCAUGGCUUUCAUGUCGAGCGCCAAACCGUUCUUCCACAACCAGGAACCAGUUCCAUUCCGUCUCACACCUAACCUCCAAACGCUCAUGGGACCCUUGGCCACUGAAGGAAUUUUUAGUUGCGCCAUCAUGGCCAUCGCGCGCUGCUUGACCGAACCAGAGUUUGAGCUUGAGCACGCUCUCACCUUGUUCGUGCGUGAUGAGGUAAUGUUUUGGUUCACAAGCAGCCACCGAGCCAUUCACCUCAACGAGAAUCAGCUUCGCGAGACUGUGCAAACAAACAGCGAUAUGAUCGUGAAGAGAGCAGUCAGCCUUGCUCACGCCCCCGUCGGCAGUCUACCCGCCAAUCAGACGGUCAUUGACCUUAUCGCUAAGGCCGUUAACCCAAUGAGAGCAAUCCCCACCUUCAAGGAUCUUCAUGAGUACUCCAUCACCAAGCGCACCCAGUUUUGGGGCCAGCUAUUUGACUCAUCUGAUUACAUCUACUCUGGCUUUUAUACGACUGUCGUCGAUGAGUCCAAGACCAUCGAUCAGAUACCACGAUGGUUUGAGGGAGUGUACCUAAACUUUGCCGAGAAUGUAUUGUAUUCACGUGGCCCGAAGGAUGCCCAAGAUCACCGUGGCACAAGGCAUAAAGAAGACGGGAAGAUUGCUGUCACGGAGAUCAGAGAGGGUGCCUCAGAGACUAGGGAGGUUUUAUUCAUGGAUGAUGCGGCCCUCUACAAUGGCAAGGUGGUGGAUCUGAGAGAAAAGAUGACCGGUAUUGUCGACGGGCUCGCCGGAUGCAGCGAGUUCACAGGUGUUGUAUCUAUUCCUCGGUUCUCACGGCCCAAGGAUGUCUCCCAAGUGUCAAGGGCAGAGACUUGGGCAAGUUUUCUGAGCAAAGCUAAGGGCCCUCCCCCAGACUUUGUUCGCAUUGCGUUCCAUGAACCGUCCAUCAUAUGCUACUCCUCGGGAACAACCGGAAUUCCGAAGGCAAUCGUACACUCUGUUGGCGGUCUGAUGAUCAAUUACUUCAAAGAGGGCAGACUCCAUGAGGAGCUAGGACCAGAUGGCGUUGGGUUGCAGUACACAACAACCGGGUGGAUCAUGUAUGUUGCCAACGCCGGACAACUUCUAUUUGGGUCAAGGGCAGUGAUGUACGACGGCUCACCAUUUCAGCCGGAUGUCAAGAUCUUGAUCAAGAUCCUUGGCGAGCAAAAGGUGACCAAGUUUGGUAUCAACCCAAGGUGGAUGUUUGAGAUCGCAAAGGCUGGCUUAUCUCCGCGUGAGCUCACAGAUCUAUCAAGUCUGCAGACGGUCACGUCGACUGGCAUGGUCUUGUCGGACCAGCUGUUUGAAUGGUUCUACGAUAAGGGUUUCCCGGCUCACACACACCUUGGAAAUAUCUCAGGUGGCACUGACAUUGCAGGCUGUUUCGGUCUCAUGAAUCCGCUCGAGCCGGUUUACGUCGGAGGCACUCAAGGGAACAUCACCUUCCUUGGUCGCGCGGACGGUGUGCUAAACCCGUCAGGAGUUCGAUUUGGCUCCGCUGAAAUCUACUCAGUCCUGGAACGGCACUUUGUUGACAAGAUCCAGGACUCUCUGUGCGUCGGCCAGAGACGGCCACAUGACCAUGACGAAAGUGUUAUGCUGUUUCUAUUGAUGAGACCGGGUCAAAAGUUCGAUAAGAAGCUAGUACAGGAGAUCCGGGAGGCCAUCGGGAGAGAUCUGUCGAAAAGACAUAUACCCAAACACAUCUUUGAGACACCAGAGAUUCCGGUGAGUUUCACUUCCUUCAAGCUUUGUCGUUACACCAACUAA